AUGGCUUCCAAACUCCAAGACCACAUCGACGUCCUCCAAACCCUCCCUCUAGCCGAGGCUAUUGAAGCAAUCGCCGAUCUCAUACCAGGCCUCACAAGCGUUGCCCCUCAAGAAUAUGGCUAUUUCGUCCAACACCCCGACUACGAAGGAAUCGGCAAUCUAAACGACAUCGGCACCCUCUGGCUGAAGCUUGGAUCCCAGUGCUACGAUGACCACGCGCCCCUGAAAGUGCGCCUCGUCCACACUUCCAUGGAUGACCCGAUCCUUGAAGUCUACAACACCAGCUACACGAUGUUGAGGAAGGGGCUCGAUGAUGGGACCGUGGUAUAUCCCCCGCCUAACGAGAAUCCCGAUUACUGCGCCUGUUGUAGCGGCGAGGCGAGUGCGACCAUCUUGGCGUGUUUCCACGAGCGCCAGGCUUUGUAUUUCACCGAGGAGGAAUACACCUCUCUUUGGGGCGACCAGCCAAAUUCAGGGCAGAGCAGUCGUGGUUGGACGGAAGAAAAUGGGUGGGGGGAGCAUAGUAUCAAUGCAAGUAGGAAGCAGAUUGAGGAAGCUCUGGCAAGGAAACCCGCUAUGGGUAUUUCUAGUAUGCUUUAG